GCUUCUGAACUUGGCAUAAAAAGGAGACCAUCAACUGAAAGCAAUGAACCUUGUGAAAAGAAGACCAAGGCACGACAAAUUACUCUAGAGGACAUCUGUAACCCACUGAAGGCUCAGGAUAAAAAACCUCAGAAGCGUGAAAAGCCCCGUAUAUGUUUACGAACUCUAGACAGACUGAGAGAGUUCUGCAACGAUUCAGACCUUCCGUCUAACAGAGGCCGGGAGGAUAGUUUUCAAGAGAAAGAAUCUCUGAGUUUGGAAAAAUGUCCCGGUGAUACUGGGAGAAGUUCAGAAUUGAAAAACCCUCUUCAAUCUUGGGACAGUAGCCCAAAGGUUGCUCAGAAGGAGGAGUUACGCUGUGAUCUUAGCCAAUUUUGUGCAUCUCUUAAGUCUUAUGAAAAUACCCAUAAGACUUCAGAAAUAAAUCUUAAUAAGAGAACCAAAAGCAUUUACACUCCACUGGAACUUCAAUUCAUAGAAAUGAAGAAACAGUAUAAAGAUGCUGUUUUGUGUGUGGAAUGUGGAUACAAAUACCGCUUCUUUGGAGAAGAUGCAGAGAUUGCAGCUAAAGAACUAAACAUUUAUUGUCACCAGGAUCAUAACUUCAUGACUGCCAGUAUACCGACUCACAGACUGUUCGUCCACGUGCGGCGGCUUGUAGCAAAAGGAUAUAAGGUUGGAGUAAUAAAACAAAUGGAAACUGCAGCACUGAAGGCUGCUGGAGAAAAUAAAAGUUCUGUCUUCACCCGGAAACUGACAGCUCUCUACACAAAGUCCACACUUAUUGGAGAAGAUGUGAACCCUUUGCUGAAGCUAGAUGAGUCUGUAGAAGUUGAAGAGGUAACGACAGAUGUCCCUGAUAACUACCUCCUCUGUAUCUGUGAAAAUGGAGAAAACUUAAAAGAAAGGAAGAAAGGUGACAUUGUUAUAGGCAUUAUGGCAAUUCAACCGACUACAGGAGAAGUAAUUUUUGACAGUUUUCAGGACUCUGCAUCUCGCUUAGAAUUAGAGAGUCGGGUUUUGCGCCUGCAGCCUGUUGAAAUAAUACUUCCAUCUAACUUGUCAGAUCAGUCUGAAAAGCUCCUCAACAGUAUAACUUCCAUGAGGUUACGGGAUGACAGAAUUAGGGUAGAAAGGAUGGAAAAUUUCCAUUUUGAAUACAGCCAUGCUUUCCAGAGGAUAACAGACUUCUAUGCAAAAGAGGUGCCUGAUACUACAGGUCCUCAAAAACUGUCUGUAAUACUAAGCUUGGAUAAGCCUGUUAUUUGCUCACUGGCAGCAGUAAUUGCAUAUCUCAAAGAAUUUAAUUUGGAAAGGAUGCUUUACAAUCCAAGCAAUUUCAAACAAUUGUCAAGUGAAACUGAAUACAUGACAAUUAAUGGGACAACAAUGAAAAAUCUUGAAAUUUUGCAGAAUCAGACUGAUAUGAAAACAAAAGGAAGCCUGCUCUGGGUCUUGGAUCAUACUAAAACUGCCUUUGGACGUCGAAGGUUGAAGAAAUGGGUGACACAGCCCCUCAUGAAAUCCAG